UCAUUCGUGAAAUUACUGUCAUCGCGAAAAGUUCUGUUGCCGGUCAUUUGAGAACAAAAGAACAAUUUAACUAUUUGCGUACAAUGCAAAUCCAGUUCUCACUUUCGUGGCUAUUGCUGCUGAGAUUUUUGAUCUUCAGUCAACAAAGUCAGCCAGUUCACCCCUUAGAUAUCCUCGAAGACGGAGUCGUAGCAUUUGUUCAUAUUGCAAAUGAAACAGUUACGAAGGUGCGCACCAAUGUUAAUGAAAUAAAUAACGAUCUUGGUGAAUUUGACUAUGCGAAAAAACUCGAAAAUCAAAUCAAAGUGCUUCAACAUUUCAAGAACAUCGCCAGAAAAAUUAAUCAAAUCGAAAAAAAUCACGUUACAAUUUCUAAGCAUCCGCUAUAUGACUAUUUAUUCAAAAGUGCUACACAAAUGGAUAAAAUAGGCAACAUGGUUGACGACAUGGAAGCGAUUUCAGAGGAAUUCGCGAAUUUUGAGAAAAUGGCUAUUUCUGAGAAUGAAACUCUCAUUACUUCAUUCACUGAAGAAAUAACUCGGUCAAAUUCUCUUAAAUUCUUAAAUAAUGAUUUCUAUUUGAAACUUUACGGUCAACGAUAUAUCAGCAAAGAAAUUUUAAGUCAACUCCGGCAAAAAUAUGAAAUAUCAUCGGAAAAACGUUGUCAUAGUUCCCAGACACCUCAACAACUUGUUUACUCCUUGUAUAAGGAUAUCGCUCUGACAGAACUCAAGGCAUACAUUCUGAUCGAGUACUCACUGCUGAUUCGACGGGUGUCCGGCCCAGGCAAUUUCAAUACGGAAACGAAUUUGGUUCGCAACAACUACAACAAUAUCAACGAAGAAGCUCUCGACACACUCAUAAAUACGAUGAAAAAAGCUGAUCGUGUUUUAUGGCGUUGCGAUCCAGAAAACCAUGUUCAAGGCGUUACCUACGAAGAGCUAACUCGACUGCUUCAAGGAUAUGUGGAGAACGAGGUGGAUCUCAAUAGCGACGGGUCAUGCAGUCAGAGCUGCCCCGAUUACACCAACACAACUAAGAUGGGAUGCUUCGAUCAAAAGUUCUGUUCUCAACAACCUUCGUGCUCUGGUCGAAUUCACGAUUGUCAAUUCAUAGAGUCGGACUUAUCUGUAUGUCAAUCACCGGAGAGCAGCAAUCGUCGCUAUGACUACAUUCAAUAUAGUAACGGGCCUCGAUUUGGAGAGCGCGAGAAAUGUUGGCGUGACGUAAACAAUGUGGAGAGCUGGAGGAGAUUGUUUUACAAAUGCAGCUACUGCUUCUGCCUAUGUGAUGAACCGGGUCCAAGGUCUGAUCGAUACUUCAAUCUUCGACCAGUUGUAUCGGAUGUGUGGGAUAACAAAGUUGUGACUGGAGUGCGGUUUGUGAAGAAGAAUCGCAUAAUCCAUUUGCAAAUACAACAGGGUCAACUCUUGCCCCGAGGUGCGAUCAACGAAUCAACUGUUGAGUGGAAGCCCAUUGAUGACUACAAAAUCGAUGAUUUCAAUGUCACCGAGGGAGUCGACUACCAUGCAAUGAGUUAUGAAAACCGUCGCAUACAUCUGCAUGAUAUAACACAUAAAUAUAGAACAUAUGUUGUAAAUGGCGUGAGUUUGGAUGUGUUCUAUGGAAGAUUGAGUCUCAGAGUAUCUCAUGGCGCGUAUUGGUUUGCAAAAGGUGAACUAAAUACAUAUAAUUUAAUAACGGACAAAGAAUUUUUAACAGAUUUGGUGGCCAGUCGUUUAAGUUUUUUUGAAUAUGUCCCCGAAAAACUAAACAUCGAUAAUUUGGAUGUGCCAACACGAUCAAUUCACAGCUCAGAGCCAUUGUCAAAAAAGAAGCAAUAUAUCGAAUUUGUUAAUACAGGAAUCGAAAAGGAUGCGGCACAAACCACGAUUCCAUUUCUGGAUAUGCAGGAAGUUGCGUCAAAUCCGCCAGUUCCGUUGUUCGGCAUUGGCCUCUACUAUAAAGGUAGUCCUGGUUAUGGCGGCUUUAUCGCUCCCAGAAUUAUCAGCUAUGAUAUCGCAGAUUACGUUCGGUUGCCGUCUCCUGAGCUAUAAUAAUAUUUUGACAGAAAUUUAAACUACUAGAAACUUUUGAUAGAAAAUGCACUUUGUUUUUGUAAGUAAAAUAAACUUUCUGCAUUCCAGAUUUUUAUUUUAUUUUGAAGAGUUCGAAAAGAUAGAUUAAUAAACUAUUGUGUGUAAAUUUUAAUUGAGUUGUGUAAUGUUUAUUAGUGAAUGAGACAAUAAAUUCG